AUGAUGUUCAGCAAGAAAACUAAUAUAGACCCUGCCUUGAUGCCCCCCGUGGACUCCGCUCCCCCGCCUGAGGAGCGCGGCCGGCCGAAACCUGUGGUGAUCGGCAUCAACUUCGGGACGAGCAAAUGUUGCGUGGUUGCGGUGCGCGACGGUCGGGUGGACGUCCUGGAGAACAAGUUGGGGCAAAGGACGACGCCUUCCUGUGUUGCCUUCAACUCCCAGCAGCGACUAGUGGGCAGCGAUGACCUUGACCAGGCCGUCGAGAACGGCGCCAACACCGUGCACGCCGUCAAGAGGCUCCUGGGUAGGACCUACGACGAAGUGAAGGACUUCUCAUCCUCUUGUCAAUUUCAACCAAUGCGUAAAAGCCCUAAAUUCGAGUACGUCGUCCAUUACAAAAAUCAUGAUCAAAAACUAAGACCCGUGCAGGUUGCUGCCAUGCUGCUCGGGAAGAUGAAGGACAUCGCAGAAUCCUCUCUGGGUUGUCCCGUGGACCGCGCGGUCAUCUCGGUACCGGCUUCGUUCGGCAACUCGCAGCGACUCGCGGUAAAAUACGCCGCGCAAGUCGCAGGACUUGAAGUUCUUAGGCUGAUCAACGAAACAACCGCGGCGGGGGUCGCCUUCGCGGACAACCGCACCGUCAAAACCCCCGCGGUUAUCGCGGUGGUGGAUUUCGGGGACGGUAAGCUGGUUGUGUCCAUCAUGGAGGUGAGGGAUGGAUCGGUGAAUGUCAUGGCCGCAAAUGGAAACCCCUAA